CGGCCAAACUCCUGCCACAGUCCGAGUCUACCGAAAGUUCCUUGAGGACGGGGACUGUGCUGUUUCUGUUGACUGACAAGCCCCCUCAAACUGACCCGGCCGGAAGGCGAACGUGAGACCGUCGAGAAAUAUGGACGCGGAGAAGGACAAGGAGAAGGACGAGGAUCCCUCCAGUGUCCCAUCCACCGCCCCCGUGGAUGGAGCCGUCACGAUGGAGCCGUUGAUGUUCUACAAAAUCUGCUACGAGAUAGCAAAACCGAUAAGAUUGGUGCCGAAGAAUUCUGAGACAUGCAGGAAAAUAAAGAUGGGCUUCAUAGCCCGCCGAGAAGAUUUCGACGAUAUCCUCAAGACAAGUGAGGUGCCGAUGGAUGAGAAGAUGCUGCACAUGCAGUUGCGUUUCUGUUUAUGGCAACCCCAACGUCCUCAAAUCGAUCAUCUCCCUCGACACGUGAACAUCACAGUCAACCGGAAAAAGCACUUCGUUCUAAGAGAGAAGGAGUCCAAUCAGCGUCCCAUCAACAUCACGGACCUGGUACAUUUCUCGGAUGUGGAACACAACAUCAUAAAGGCCACUUGGUCACUGACCGACUGUCAUGAAUACGGCAUGUCCAUCUGCUGGGUGAAGCAGCUUACCGUAGAUGACUUACUGCGGGAGCUGAGAGCGAAGGACGUUUUCCCCGCAGACAAGACACGGGCCUUAAUUCUGGAGAAGCUGGCAGCCGACGGAGAAGACGACCCUGCUCCUAGCAGCCUGCGUAUCUCCCUCACGUGCCCGCUGGGACUGUGUCGUAUGUCCGUGCCCUGCCGCUUGCUGUCCUGCUUCCAUUUGCAGACAUUUGAUGCGGUACAGUACCUGAAAUGUAACGAGAAUAAGGAGACCUGGAAAUGCCCGAUCUGCAUCAAGAAAUCAUCUUUUAGGAAUCUGGUGGUGGAUGAGUUCUUCCUUGAUAUCCUCAACUCCACCCCUGACCAUGAAGAGAUUGAAUUCCUGCCUGAUGGGUCCUGGUACCCGAUAACUCCCAGGAAAGACAGGACGGAUGACAGCAAUGACUCCGACUCCAGCAGCCUCCCAGCAGGCGUGCCUGAGGCCAGUGGCAGUGAGAUUCCUGUGACUGCCCCGAUGGAAAGUAACUCGUCCAACGUAGAGGUUCCGGCUACCACGGAGGCCAACCAGGCCUCUGUGACCACCAUAGUGGCAAGAAGAUGUCAGCACCUGCCAGAACUGUUCCGUGGCCCGCUUGAGGGCAGAAACCAGCAGCAUUCUAGAUCCCCACUAGGUUCCCCAGAGCCGAUGUUAACGAGGGUGUUCCCAGACCUGAAUUUCACAUUUCGCCGUAACCUUUUUAAACCGACUUACAACUGGACCUUCGCCCCUCAGUCCAGAUGUGACUACGGCUACAGCCUGCCCUGGCGCCCCGUAGUCCGAGCCCCGGCCACAGCCUUAGGCCCAGUGCCGGCUCCAAUCCGGGCCCCGGCCCUAUUCCCGGCCCCGGCCCUAGCACCGAGAUCCUAUUCUGGAUGGCUCCCACCUCCACUCCACUAUGGGAUCUAUCCCCCCGGCAGCCAGCAACUUUCUCUCCAAGGUCUUUGGGAAAUGCGAGGAAGGGGAAGGGAUGACCCCACUUUACAGCCAGUGGCCAGAUAUCAGACCCCUCCACUGAUCCCUCUCCCGCGCAUGGUUCAGAUCGUAUCUCCCACCGUAGCCAUGGUGAGCACCCUCGGGAGGCCGUGGCGUGGCACCCAGGCCAUGUCGCCUAUACUGCCUACCUACGUGGCCUCGGCCGACCCGAGAACCGGCGCUAUCUUCACCCAGGCGGGUAGGGCUUCGGCCUCCAGAGUGAAUGUUGGUCAGUCCGUCCAUGCAGGAGGGAUUGUCUCCACGCAGCACAGCUCCAAUUCGGGGCAACACAGGUGUCAGUAAAGGGAGGGGGAUAAAUUCCAGCCUCCCGGCCUUCCACAGGUCCUUCCUCCCUCCCUCCUCUUAAGUUAUUGGGUCACCCUACUGUAUCACCCCACAGCCCAGUUCGCCCCCGAUUUAAGAUCCUUGUGUUUCCCCACCCCACCCGCUUGAGGCUGUUGUCCGGGGGUCCCAUUUAGAAAACCACUGAAUCUGUUUAGGGUUUUACUCAACGUGGAUAGGCCGUAGUUAUUCUCAACCCGCUAUUCUCAAGACACUUUCAACAUCUAAUAAA